GCUUUUAGGGCUCCACUAUAACUAGAUGCGCUACAAGUCAAGGUCUAGUCACGAGGUUAGGAAGUCGUCUCUUCUUUGGAUAUUAUAUCGUGCUAGCUCUCAGUUCACAGGACGUUAGCGAAUAUCAUUCGGAGCUCAGAGCAAAAGAAUUUAAACUUAUGGGCUUCUUUGUUACUUAAACGAGAUGAAGUGCUAUUAUGAAUUGUUAGGUGUCACACAAAAUGUGGAGCAAGUUGAUCUUAAGAAGGCUUACUACAGACUAUCGUUACAAUGGCAUCCAGACAAAAACACAACAGAGAACACAACUGUAAUAUUUCAAGAAAUUCAGGAGGCUUACAAAGUUUUAUCUGAUCCCCAAGAACGUGCUUGGUAUGAUAAACAUCGAGCUCAAAUUUUACAGGGAAAUGGUCGUGGUACUCAAAUGGGUGAAACAUCAGAUUAUCAGGAGAGCCGAGUCGAUGUCUUCCAAUACUUUACAAGAUCUUGUUUUGAAAAAUUUGAUGAUGACGUAAAGGGCUUUUAUACUGUAUACGCUAAAGUAUUUGCCAAUAUAACUGAAGAGGAGAAAUGUGCAGCUAAGUUUUCUGGUUGUACCAUGUCGUCUAGUGAAAGUGGUAGCGAUGAUGAUGAAGAUGACUGUAAAAAAUACUCUAGACGUAAACCACGAAGUUAUCCACCUUUUGGUUCUUCGUCGAGUCCAUACAAGGAAGUUGUUGCUCCAUUCUAUUUAUUCUGGGAAAUAUUUGAAACAAAAAAAACAUAUACAUGGGUUGAAAAAUACGACACACGACUUGCAGAUUCACGUCAAGAACGUCGUGCAAUGGAAGCAGAAAAUAAUCGUAUGAGAAUGUCUGCAAUACGCAAGCGAAAUGAAGAAAUACGUCAAUUGGUAGCAUAUGUAAAAAAAAGGGAUAAACGUGUAAUUGCUGAAAACGAACGCAUUCAACGUAUAGCUAAAGAAUCUCAAAAUCGUACUAAAUUAUUAGCCGAAAAAGCUAGACAGCGAGAAGCAGCCCAAUUACACGAAGCUUGGAAUGAUGAAAUUGCUUUUGGUGGAAUCGCAUCUCAGUGGUCGGAACAAUUUGAAGCUGAGAUAAAACGUUUAGAAGCAGAGCUUGAUGGUAUCAAUUUAGACGAUCCGCUACAGAAGUCUUCUAAAGCCAAUCAUGUUAUAACCAUUAAUAAUCCUCAUAAUUCUACCGAUAAGGAAACUGAUCAUAUUAAUAAACAAACUCAGAAUACUGAUACUGAUAAUGGUGAUAAUAGUAAUGAUGACGAUGAUGGUGAUGAUGAUAAUGAUAAUGAUGAUGAUCCUUUUCAAGAGACAAUUAAUGAUGAAUUAUAUUGUAUAGCAUGUGAUAAAUUAUUUGCUUCAAUCAAAGCAAAAUUAAAUCAUGAAUUAUCAAAAAAGCAUAAAAAACAAUUAGAAUUAUUAAAAAAAUUAAUUCAUGAAGAGAAUAAUAUUUUACAAGAUCAUUUCAACACUUUAUUAUUCAUGGAACAAUCUUCUAAUAAUCAUCUUAUCAACAAUAAUUCUAUGAAUAAUAAUGAUAAUAAUGAACAAUCUAAUAUAAAAUUAACUAAACGAGCUAAAAAAGCUGAACGUCAACGUAAAAAACAAUUAGAAUUACAUAAUUUAUCAAUUCCUAUUUUAAAUGAACAAUCAAAUUCAAUAAUUGAAUUAAACAAAGAUGUGACAAAUGAUAAUAAUACUGAAAUUAUAAAUGAAACUAGUAAUUGUGAAUUAGAUGAUACUACAAUACAAUCAACAAUAAAUACCAAUAAUAAUUUAAACAAAGAAUCAUCUUUAAAAUAUUCUGAUCAAUCUACAAUAAAACAAAAUGAGAAAACAAUAUUAAAUUCUUCAAAAAUCAAUAAAAUUAUCUGUGAUACAUGUUCUAUAGAAUUUCAAUCAAGGAAUGCUCUUUUUAUUCAUUUAAAACAAUCAGGACAUGCAAAAUUAAUCAAAUUGAAUAUACCAUCAUCAUCUUCUUCUUCUAAUACCAAAGAUAUUUCUAAUGAAAAUAGAAAAAAGUGUAAAGAAAAAAAGAAAUCAAAACGUUAAUUAUUAUACACAAAUUUUGUAGUAUUUAUUUGUUUAAUAUGAAAGAAAUUGUAUAUAUACUACUGAUUAGUGUUUUUAAUUAAAUAAGUAAUAUAUAUAUAUUGAUA